CAUCACUACACUCUAGCCAGGGUGACAAAGUGAGACCUUGUUUCCAUAAAAAAAAAAAGCUUUUACCAGUUAUCUGGAUAUCUCUUAUUCCAGUCAAGUUGACACACCUGAAAUUAACCAUUGUACCCAUCACCAUCAAAUUUUGUAUACCAAUUAUCCUUCAAAAGGGAAAGAGAAAUACUUUCUCAGACAAACAAAAAUUGAGGGAAUUUGUCACCUGUAAACCAUCUAUGCAGGAAACACUAAAAGAAAUUCUUCAAAAACAGCAAUAGAACAAGUUAUAAUGAUUUAGGUCAGAAACUCAGAUCUGCAUAAAGAAAAGAAGAUCGUUGUAGAAUAAUAAAUGAAGGUAAAAUACAAUUCUUAGUUUUUUUAAUUAAUUGAUCUGACAAAAUAGUCUGUUCAAAAUAAUAACAGCAAAAAGUAUUAGGUGAUUAUAGCUGAUUGAUAAGUAAGAUGAAUGACAGUAGUAGUAUAAUGAUGGGGAGGAGAAAGUGGGAAUACUGUUAUAAGGUUCUUCCACUACCCAUGAAGUGGGAUAGUGUUGUUUGAAAGUGAACUUGGUUUAGUUAUAAGUGUAUAUUGCAAACUCUAGGAUAACCACUGGAAGAAAGUUGGGAAAAAAACGCAUAGUUGAUAUGCUAAGAGAGGAGGAAAAUGGGAUUUUUAAGGCAGUGAAAGUAUUUUGUGUGAUGCUGUGAUGGCAGAUACAUGUAAGUAUGAGUUAUACAUUUGCCAAAACUUAGAGUAUAUAAUACAAAGAGCCCUGAUGUAAAUCGAAAAUUAUGGGAAAUUAGUAAUGUACCUAUAUUGCCUCUUCAGUUGUAAACAAUGUACUGCACUGAUGCAAGGUACUAAUAACAGAGGAAACUUGGGGGAAGGCUAGUGGUGAAGGGGCAUAUGAGAACUCUCUCUACUUCUGACUCAUUUUUUUCUGUAAACCUAAUAAAACUCAAAGAAGAAAAAAAGGGGAAAAAAUGUGUAAAGUGCCAAAACAAAACAGCAGAGCACCAAAUUUCUUAAUUCUAUACAAUAAUAUGAUUUAAUACACCUUAAUUUUCUGAAAGGGAUGCCGAAACAGUUUUUGAAAUUUCCAUUGAAAGCGAAAGUAACAUUUGCAUCACUUAGUUUUGCAUUCAUACGACUUCGAGGAUGCAGAUGCCUUUAUGUAUGCUCACCAGUGGUUACGACGUUCCCUCCUGAAAAUGUGUCAUGUGAGAAUGGUGUCGGGAGAGAGGUUGACCUGCCAUCACCUAUCAGGGAUUGGUGUACUUUUUCUUUUUCUGCUACUACUGUAAGGUGACAAGUAUAGAAACUUCAGUCUUUUUUUAAGGUGAGCAUACUGCUGUAGAUAUAGGAAGUGCUCAGUAAUAUUUGUGAACUGCUGAAUGCUUGUAGAUACCAGAAGCAAAGAAUAUAAUUCUAUACCAAUUGUAAAUAGAAUUAAAGAUGUAGAAUUCCUAAAUAAAAUGUUAGCAAAUCAAAUCUAGAAAUGUUUAAGGAACUAGAAAAUGGAACCAAGUAAUGCUUAUUUCUGUAAUAUAGACUAAUUCAAUAAUUGGACAUUACGUCACUUUGCUAUGUUAAUAGAUGAAAAAAGCAUCAUCUUGAAAGAUGCCAAAAACCAAUUGUAUAAAAUUUGAUAUCCAUUCCUAAUUUUAAAAAUAUAAUCCCGAUAAACAAAGAGAAAUAUUUUGUGUCAUCAUAAAGUACCAACUUAAUGUUAAGGCAUAUAUUCUCAACCAGGAGAAUAAUUGAAAAUUAGUUCUUCAGGGGUCAAAAAUCUUAAUGUAUAAAGAUAUGCAUAUAGUACAUAAUAAAGUUAUACAAUGUAUUUAUGGUAUUAAAAUUUCAUGGGUGGUGAUUAGGAAAAUAAAAACCUGAGAAGACUUUUCAGGGGCCACUAAUGACAAACAGUUUGGGAAACAUUGCUCUACAGGAUUUCCCAUUAGUAACAAGACAAAGAUGCUUGCUAAAUACUAUUAUUAUUCAAAGGUGUUUUGGAAGUUACAGCAAAUGCAGUAAAGCAGUUAAAAUAAAUGAUACAUAAACAUUAAAGAGUAAGAGCCAAAAUUGUAGUAUAUGAAGGUAGUAAGAUUUUCUAUGUAAAAACUAUAAAAGAUCAAUUGAAAAAUGAUUUCAAGUGAGAAAAGCUUAUUGAAUGGACUGAUUUCAAGAUAAUGUGUUACAUGAACUUCCCUUGUCAACAGUGCUGAACAAUUUACUGACAGUCAUAAAAAAUGAUUUAAGUGGGAAGAGCCAAUGUAAAAAUAUCCAGAAAUUAUCUAGCAAUUUAGACAUUUCAUACAAUUUAGCAUUUCGUAGCAAUUUAGACAUUUCAUACAAUUCAUAAAUUGAUUUAACAAAUGUGUGUUGAGCAUCAGUUAUAUGCCAGAUACAUUUCUAAAUGCUGGGUGUACAGGAGUGUAUGGAACAGAUAGAAACACCUUCUCUCCUGACAGUUACAUUCUGGUGGCUAGAGACAGACAAUAAACAACCAAGUCUAAGUAUGGUAUGUCAAGGUAGUGGUAAUAAUUUCCAUAGAUUUCCAGGGGCAUUAUUUUUAGAAUCUGACAAAAUAUUUUAAAGUUCAUCUGGAACAAUACCUGUGAGAGAAUGACUAAGAGAACUUGUGAAUGAUUGUCCUAUCAGGUAUUUAAAUAUAAUACAGAAAUUAAAUCACUGUUACAGGUGCAAGAUAGGGCAGUGGGACAAACUACAGGGUUUCCAGAAACAGACUCAGGCAAAAAUGGGAAAUAUUGUUGAAGAUAAAAGUGACAGUUCAGAUCAGUGGAGAAAAGUGGACUGUUGAGUGAAAUGGUAGUGUGUGUCAACUAGUUAUUCAGUACUCCAAAAUGGAUUCCAUGAGUCAAAUAAUUACAUUAAUACAAACAUAACAUUAACGUACAAGAAACAUGACUUUGAAACAUGACCCUUGAAGUACCAAUAAAAGGUCAAUAGUUUUGACAUUAAAAGAUUCAGUAUUUCCUAAGAGCAAAGAGCACCAUAAACAAUGUGAAAAGUCAAAUGAUAAACUGGGAAGAUAUUUAACAGUAUAUGUAAUGGACAAAGCGUUAAAUGUUCUUGCUAGAGAUGUUAAAAUCAAGAAAAAUAAACCCAAUAAAAAGAUGCAAAGACCAUGAAAAUGGAAUUUACACAUAAUGCAGAUUGAAACCAUUUAUUUUAUUUUGCCUAUCGGAUUGCUACAAAUAAAGAUUACUAAUACCCAGUGUUGCUGGUGGCUGGGAAUGUUGAUGCAGCUUUCCGCAGGCCAGUUUGGUGAUACGUACAAGGAUUUUAAAUGUGCAUUCUUUGACCACCACUUCUUUGAAUUCAAUGCAAGGAAAUAGUUGGGUCAAUGGGCAAAAGUAUGGUGUAUAAAAGUGUUCGUAGUUAUGUUCAAAAUAGCAAAAACUUAGAAGUCAUCUAAAUGUCAAUUGUGUCAUUAUUAAAUAAUUAUACAUUCAUACAGUGGAAAACCAAGCAGCCAUGAAAAUGAUGUAGAUUUGUUUGUAUUUACCAACAUGAAAGAUGUCCAUUAUACAGGGUGUCCAAAAGUUGCCAUACAUAGGGAAAAUGGGAAAUUGUAGCUUUAUUUACUAAAUAUUCAUUACAAAAUUUUUCCUUUGUAUGAAGACUUUUGGGAUACCCUGCAUAAUAUAUGUGUAAAAAUCAGGUUGUAAAACGUAUGCCUAGUAUGCUACAAUUUUAUAAAACACAUGCCACUAUAUCUGCAUGUAUGUUCCUGAUUAAAGAAGACAUUAUCAGUGUAUAUACCAAAGAGACUGUAAGUGGUUAGUUACGAGUGAUGAUUUUGUCUUCAUACUGUUUAGAAUAUUCAUAAGUUUCUGCAAUGGUUUAAUGCCUAUCCUUUUUAUAACCAGAGUGGAAACAGUGAAACCUUUUUAAGAGAGAGGUGGAGGGAAGGUGAGAAUAGGGGUGUAGGCAGUCUUUCUUGGCCCCAGGCAGAGGCGGGCCUGAAGGCCCUGGAAGCCAGUUCUGCUGGGGCCAGAGAGAGGGUGGAGAGGGCAGCAUCGCCUGAACUGGAAGAGUGUGUGUCUUGCGUUUUCUUCCCUGGGAUGGCGCCGGAGCUGCCAUUGUCGCAUGCCAAGAUCACCAGCAAGGGCUUCCUGCAGCUCUUCAUCCACACAGCAAGGCUGGCGGAGGUUUGUGCGCCCCGCUGUGCGCGCUCUGCUGUGCAGGCAGCUGUGCUUGGCGCCACGGGUUCUGGGGGCCAGGCGAGGCAGGGAGCCUUCUGCCAGUUUCCUGUGGAAGGUCUUUCGAAAGAGCUCAGUGAGAUUUGCCUGAAGCCGACUUGGGAGCACGGGGAUGCGCCCCCCUGGAGCUCCAACUUCAGGGGUUGGCCACCCUGUGCUGGCAUCUCGCUGGUCACACUCGUGGCAGUGCACGACCUGUCUGGGGGGGUGCUUCCCAAAAGACUGUGGCAAGACUGCCCGGAGCCCAGUGUCCGAGCCUCUGAUGUGAGUGUUUAUCUGCCAGCUUUGAAGACCCUGAAGAGCAUUGUGGAAAGGACGGCAAACCUGGGUGAUCACGUGCUGGUGGAAACAAAUCUAAGUGGCCAAAUGAACUUUAGUUUAGAAGCUGAUGUUGUGCGUAUUAAAAGUUAUUUUAAAAAUCUUGGAAAUCCUCCAAAGUCUGCUCUAGGUAUGCCUCAAAACCAAAACUGGGAGAACAUGGUGCAAGUGUGGGUAGAUAAUAGGAAGCUUCUGCAGUUUUUCCAGGGACAGCAAAUAAACCCUACAACGGCCUUAUGUAAUAUUUUCAGCAAAACUCUUCUUCAUCUUGUUUUGGUUCAUGAAGCUCUCUCUCUUCAGUAUUUCAUUCCUGCUUCAUAAAAAUUCAGCCAACAUGGAUUUUUUUGUUAGCUUAUGAUCUUUUCAAAACUGAAAAAGACCGUGAGUUAAUUGGGUUGAAAGUUUGUACCCUUGCUAACUUAUGCAGGGCGUGUAUUUUGUUGAGCCUUUAUUCCUUUGUAAAAAUUAUAUUAAAACAUCAUUGGUAAAGUAGUUGGAUAGUUCAUCUUUUUGUUUAUAGGCUUUAUUAAUUUUUUUUCAUGCUGCUUAAGAUUUUAACAAGAUUAUUUUCAACUCCUUUUUUGGGAAAAAGAAUUAUAACUAAAAAAUAUCAUCAAAUACUGAAACAAUUGCAUUUGUAUUUUAUUAUAAAAUGCUACUAUGUAAAGUGGGAAAUUUCUCCUUUUAAAAUAGAUAAAAACAUUUUCUGAUAGGCCUUUUCUUAAUUUAGAGAGCUUAGUAUAUCUGAAAGAUGUAAAGUAUUUAUUUAGCAUUUCUAUACAUUGCACAUUCUUUGUUAAGCUGUGUGUGUUUCCUCAAAGGACAUAAUAAGGAAUAUAUAAGAGUACAUAGUUUUAGACUUACCAUCUACAAGGUUUGAACUGGUUAUUUAUUAGGUUCAUUUUCACAUGUAUCAUAUUCACAUAAGGAGUCAAGGAAAUACAGGCACACCUUGGAGAUACUGUGGGUUCAGUUCCAGACCACUGCAGUAAAGCAAAUAUUUCUAUAAAGCUAGUCACACAUAUUUUGGUUUCCCAGUACAUAUAAAAGUUAUGUUUGCACUAUACUAUAGUCUGUCAAGUGCGGAAUAGCAUUAUGGUUAACAAAAAUGUAUACAUUCUCAUUAAAAAAUACUGCCAAAAAAUGCUAAUGAUCAUUGGAGCCCUCAGUGAGUGUUGGUGGAGGGGUCAUGCCUCACUUUGGUGAAUGCUGACUGAUCAGGGUGGCUGUGGCAGCUCUUAAAAUAAGACAGCCACUCAGUUGCUGCUCAGUUGACUCUUCCUUUCUGAAAGAUUGCUCUGUAGCAUGGGAUGUUGUGGGUAUUUUACUCACAGAAGAACUUAUUUUGAAAUGGAGUCAAUCCUCUCAAACUCUGCUUUGUCAACCCAAUUUAUAUAAUGUUCUAAAUUCUUUGUUGUUACUUCACCGGUGUUCAUAGCAUCUUCACCAAGAGUAGAUUCCAUCUCAAGAAACCACUCUUUGCUCAACCCUAAGAAGCAACUCAUCAUCUGUUCAAAUUUGAUCAUGAGAUUGUAGCAAUUCAGUGACAUCUUCAUGCUCUACUUCUAAUUCUACUUCUCUUGCUAUUUCUACCACUUCUGCAGUUACUUCCUCCACUGAAAGCUUGAACCCCUCAGCGUCAUCCGUGAGAGUUGAAAAUCAACUUCCAAAACCCUGUUAAUGUUGAUAUUUUGACUUCCCAUGAAUCGCAAACGUUAUUGAUGGUAUCUAGAAUAUCAAAUCCUUUCCCCAUAUCAGAGGAAUCACUAUGGAAGAUAUACCCAUAUGAAAUGUAUUUCUGAAGUAAUAAGAUUUGAAAGCCUGAAUUACUCCUUGAUCCAUGGGCUGCAGAAUAGAUGUUGUGUUAGCAGGCAUCAAAACAACAUUAUUUCAUUGUGUAUCUCUGAGUUCUUGGAUAACCAGGUGCGUUGUUAAUGAACAGUAAUAUUUUGAAAGAAAUCUUUUUUCUGAGCAGUAGGUUUCAAUAGUGGGUGUAAAAUAUUCAGUAAACAUGUUGUAAACAGAUGCGCUGUCCUCCAGGCUUUUUUUUUUUUUUUUUUUUUUUUUUUUUCCAUUUCUAGAGCACAGAAAGAGAUUUAGCAUAAUUCUUAAGGGCCCUAGGAUUUUCAGAAAGGCAAAUCAACAUUGGCUUCACCUUAAUGUUACCAGCUGUAUUAACCUCUAAUAAGAGAGUCAGCCUGUCAUUUGAAGCUUUGAAGCCAGGCAUUGCCUUUUUCUCUAGCUGUGAAAGUUCUAAUUAGCAUCUUCUUCCAAUAGAGGCCUGUUUUGUCUACACUGAAAAUCUUUUGUGUAGUGUCACCACCUUCACUAAUGAUUUUCCAUCCUUUGGAUGAUUUGUUACAGCUUCUACAUCAGCACUUGCUGUUUCAUCUUGCACUUUUAUGUUAUAGAAACAGCUUCUUUCCAUAAACUUUGUGGAUCAUCCUCUGCUAACUUUGACCUUUUCUUCUGCAGCUUCCUCACCUCUCUUAGCCUUCACAGAAUUGAAGAGUUAGAGCCUUGUUCUGGAUUAGGCGCUGGCUUAAGGGAAUGUUGUGGUUGGUUUGAUUGUCCAUCCAGAUCACUCAAACUUUCUCGAGUAGCACUUUUAAUGUUUUCAGGAGCUUUUCCUUUGCAUUUACAGUUUGGCUAACUGUUUGGUACAAGAGGCCUAUCUGGACAUUUGACAUGCCUUUCUCACUGAGCUUAGUUAUUUCUAGCUUUUGAUUGAAAGAUGUGUGACUCUUCCUUAGGAUUAUUAAUUGGCCUAAUUUUAAUAUUGUUUGCUGUGUCUCAGGGAAUAGGGAGGUCCGAGGAGCAGGUGAGAGAUGGGAAUGGCAGGUGGGUGAAGCAGUCAGCACCCAUUACUGACCAAGUUCACUGUCUUAUAGCUGUCUUAUAUGGGUGUGGUUUGUGGUGCCCAACACAAUUACAAUAGUGACAUCAAAGAUACCUGAUCACAGGUCACUAUAACAGAUACAAUAAUAAUGAAAAAAUUUGAGACAAUGCAAGAAUUGCCAAAAUGUGACACAAGGAUGUGAAGUGAGCACAUGCUGUUGGAAAAAUGAUGUCAAUAGACUUGUUGGACGCAGGGUUGCCAAAAACCUUCAGUUUGUAAAAACUGUAAUAUCUGUGAAGUGCAAUAAAACAAAGGGCAAUAAAAGGAGAUAUUAUAUAGCUAAAUUUAGGUUGAUAAAAAUGUUACUUAAUGGGUACUUUUUGGAUAAUCUAGGUUUCCAUUCCCCCUCCCCCCAGUAUUCCAUUCCUCCACUUAGAAAAUAAAUCUUAAUCUCAUUAUUUUGAGAAAAAGGAUGUGUAGAUGUACCAAAGGAUGGUACAGUGAUGAACAAUCUCAGGAAGAAAAGUAGUUCGUUUUCUUUUAUAUCAAAUUUUUGGUUUAAUUUUUUAAUGGCGUGUGCAGUAAGAUAAGCCAUUAACUUGAAAACCUUUAUAUUUGCAUUCCCAGUAAAUUCUCAUAACUACUUUUUUAUCAGUAAUGAAUAAUUUCCUACUAGAUUUGGUGAUAAAACACUUAAACUUGUUAAUUUAUUUUGUUUUGCUGACUUUUAAAUUCCAUCUGUGGUGUUAUGGAAAGAACACACGAACAUUGGACCUCCUACACAAGUCACUUGAACUCUCUGGCUUGUUAAGAUCUUUCAGUUUGAAUAGAUUCUGACUUAAUACUAUUAAAAUUAUAAUAUGGCAAGAUUAAACAGUUGUUUUCAAAAGUAUUUUAAACGUAGCCUUUUAAAAUUAUUAAUGAAUAACCACUUUGGAGCUACUGUUUAAGCUUUGUGGACCUAUUUACUAACUUGUGAGUUACAUAUAAAAAUGUAUGCAUAUUUUGUUUGGUGAAUAUUUUCAAAGUGUUUUGCAAAGAUUUUUAAAAAGAUAUUUUGUGAUUCAUUUUAUAAAUCUUUUGCUCUCAAAGACUUUAAAGACUUUAAAUGCAAGAUAAAUAUGGAAAAUGCAUGCCUUAUCACACUGAGGAAAUUAUCAGAUCUGUAGGUUUUGUUUUUGUAAUAUAACACAAAAUGCCUUAUCAUGUUUGUUUUAAGCCUCUCUUCCAAAUUUUUUGUUUUUGUUUUUAAAUGAAAAAUUUCAAGCUAUAGGACAAGAAUUUUUACCUGUUGUAUCCUUUCUCCUCGUCCUCUUUCUCCUAGUCAUCUGUCUCUAGUUUUGUUUCUUCCUUUUUAUUUAUUAUAAAAUGAGGGGAAAUGAAAAAUCGUAUGGUUUGUUUUGGAACAUAAAUAAUUGUGCAGUUUCAUCUUUGUGAAUUAUUACUAUGGUUUACUUUUAGUAAUUCAUUAACAAAGAUUAUCUGUCAGAAGUUUUAUAGCUUAAUUUUUGUAGUAAACUUUUGAAAAUGAGAAGGAUAAUUUAUUCCUCUAGUUAGAUUAUUCACUAAUCUGUAGAUAAUAUUGCUUAUGAUAGUAAAGAAAAAUCAGGCUAUGCAGAUGUCUUAAUUGAGAAUCUUCUAAUGAUAGAGUAGAAACAUUCUAUAAUAAAUAUAGAAAUUUUACAAUGAAUAACAUGCUUUUAUUAUAGUUUUUAGUUGUGAAAAGCUAGGGCAUGCCACUUUCUAUAGUUACAACAAUAGUUACUGAAUUUAAAAACUUUAUUCUAUUGGACUCUCCUAGAAAUGAGAACUAAAAAGUGCCUGAGAGAUGAUUUCAUCCAACCUCCUUGUUUAUAGAUGAGAAAACAGUUUCAGGGAGGAUCUAAGUAAACAAGACUUUUUAUUUGUCAAUGCCAGACCAAAUUUAGAUCUCAGGUUCCAAACUAUUCAUAAAUGUUAAGUUUUUGAGCUUAUUCUGUCAAGGCCUAAUUCAGAAACUAAUAGCUUGGAUAUACUUUUGUUCAUUAAAAUAAAUCUAGAAUACCAUAUGAAUGUAUUACUUAAAAAGGUAACAUUUAAAUUAAAAAAUAUCUAAAACCUUGUUGAAGGGCAUUGUCAUAUUGUCCUUGUAUGAAGAUGUUUUUUGUUCUUACAGGUAGAAAGGAAUUUAUUUAUUUCUAACAAAAUGAUAAUUUUUUGAAAACCAAGUCUUACAUUAAAAAAAUCAAGGCAACAAGUUAAUGAGACAGGUUAAUUAUCCAAAUUUUUCUUAGUAUUGUUUUCUCUGCAGUGCUAUGGUAUCUUUGGGCCAAUAUGGUGUCUGUUUAUUAAAGCAGUUUUGGGAACUUUGUGUUGAACUAUGUCUUUGCUUCCCCAUAAAUUUUUAUUAAUAUGUAUUACCGUACUAAAUUUUAUGUUGUCAAUUUAUAAAAGCUUUCAUGCACAUUCUCAAAAUAAGCUUUCUGCUCUUAUCUGCAUGUAGAAGCAUGUCUAAAGAACUAACAGUGGUCUGUUCCAUAUAAUUUUAUGUAAAUUUAACUAUUUUAUCACUUAGGGUAUCUAUUUAAAAAGUUUAUUGCUAAUUUGUACCUUUUGCAAAUGUCAUAUGUGAAAAUAUUUAUCUUUUGAUUUUGACUAACAGUGGGCCUUAUCUAUUGAUAAGCAGGAGAAUGUUCGUAUGAUAUUUGUGCUUUAUAUCAGAGUAUUAUCAGAGCAUUAUAUUUGACUUUUUAUUUUGAUAUAACUUCAAACUUACAGAAAACUUUCAAGAAUAGUAAAAGUAACUCCUGUAAACCUCUUGUGUUUUCAUUUUGGUUAGUAACAAAUCCUGUAAACCCUUCAGCCAGAUCCACCAGUUGUUUACUUUUUGCCCUGUUUGCUUUAUCAUUCUGUCCACCUGUUUGUGUAUUUUUUGAACCCUUUGAAAAUAAGGCGCAACAUCAUUCCUUUACUCCUAAAUAAUGCAUUGUGUAGUUAUGCAGAAGAAGGGCAUUCUCUUGAGUUACCACAGUACAGUUAUCAAAGCUAGAAGAUUUAACAUUAAUACCAUGCUGUCUAAUCCAAAGUUCAAAUACAGAUGGUGACAAUUUUUUCAAGUAUGUACAUUCUAGAAACAUUUUUUUUUGUUCUAGAAUCCAUCCAGUAUCAUAUAUUACAUUUAGUUUAAGUGUCCUUUAAUAUAGAAUAGUUCUAAGGCCUUUUAAAAUUUUUUCUUAUUUUUUAAUUUAGCAUAUUAUGGGGGUACA